AUGUCGCGUAUUCAAGGACCUUAUUCCCAGAGCUACCCCGAUGCCGAAGGAUACUUCGGCCAGUAUGGCGGCAGCCAUUAUCCGCCCGAGGUUCAGCCGGCCCUUCAAGAAUUGCUUGACACAUAUCAGGAGUUGCGUCAAUCGCCAGAAUUCCGGCGGACUCUUGACAUGGCGCGGAAGACCCUCCAAGGACGACCGACUCCGGUGCACUAUCUGGAAAAUAUAUCCCGCCAAGUUGGGGGCGCCCAGAUUUUCGUGAAGCGGGAGGAUCUGAAUCAUACGGGGGCGCAUAAGAUCAAUCACUGUGUUGGUUUUGCCCUCCUUGCUAAGAAAAUGGGUAAGACAAAGCUCCUUGCCGAGACGGGAGCGGGUCAACAUGGCGUCGCGCUCGCAACUGCUGCUGCGCAUUUUGGUCUUGAAUGCGAGGUGCAUAUGGGUGAUAUCGAUGUGAAGAAGCAGAGCUCGAAUGUUGCUCGUAUGCAGCUACUCGGGGCGAGGGUUGUACCAUCGACUGCUGGUCAGUCCGCCCUAAAGGAGGCCAGCGACUCCGCAUUUAGAGCGUAUGCCGAACAGCAUUCGCAUGCGCUCUACGCAAUAGGCUCUGCGAUCGGACCCCAUCCCUUUCCCAUGAUUGUUCGAGAUUUCCAGGCUGUUGUUGGCCAAGAAGCGCGUGAGCAAUUUCUUUCGCUGACGGAGGGUAAUCUACCUGAGCAUGUGGUUGCUUGCGUUGCAGGAGGGUCCAAUGCUAUGGGCAUGUAUUCCGGCUUCCUUGAUGAUCCGGAGGUCAUUCUGCACGCCGUCGAGCCGCUUGGCGACUCAGGCGAACUCGGACGGCACGCAGCAACACUAUCCUAUGGCAGACCGGGCACAUUACACGGGGCUCAAUCGGUCGUACUGCAGAAUGACGACGGAACUCCUGCAUCGGUCUCAUCUGUGGCUUCCGGGCUGGUGUAUCCUGGAAUUGGACCAGAAAUUGCCAUGUUACACGCAGAUAGUCGAAUUCGUGUCUCAACAAUUUCGAACGAGGAGGUUAUUAGCACCUUCUUUCGCUUGGCGAAAUCCGAGGGCAUCAUUCCUGCAUUAGAGAGUGCGCACGCUGUGGCAUUUGCUAUUAAAUUGGCGGCGCAGCGCCCUGCUAGUGAGCGAAUAUUGGUCAAUCUUUCAGGCCGCGGUGAUAAAGACGUGGAUUAUGUGAUAGAGAAUCAUGGUACAGGUCCAAACACCGCUUUGUACUAA